AUGGCUCGUCAAAUGAAGCAAACGUUGACUGCGGAAGCACGAAAAGCUGCAAGUUCUGAUUCAUUCAUAUCUUCCGUUCUGUUUUCUCAAUACGAUGUGAACCAAUGUUCUCAAGCUCAAUUUCUUGAAAUCGUUGCCAAUAUCAAUGACCUUUGUGACAAGAUAUCGACAGAUAAGCUAUCAGCAUAUGUUCAAAUGGUCUAUCAACGUAUGUUAAAACUUCUAUCACAAAAGGUUUCCAUUUCAUCAACUCACAUCACUAAUGUUGCAAGACAAUUUGUCUACUAUCAUCCUGAUAUGGCAAUUAUGACACUUGAUGAUUUAACUCAGUAUGGCUUGCAAAUGGAACAACGAUCUCUCGUCGUUCACUUUGAUAUGAGCGGAUCGAUGUCAGGUUCAGGUUUUGUUCCUCUCGUUCAAAACAUCGUACAACUAUGUGAAAAUUUGCAAGUGCACGGCAUGAAUGUUUAUGUGUCAUUGUUCGGUGGAGGACGUCAAGAGGCAGUCCAUCGGGCUAUCGGUGGACGAUUAUUGACAUUGAACGAAUUCAUUGCUGGAAACUAUCAACCAGGUGGUAGAACCGCAUUUUGUCCGUCGUUCGAGCGAACAAAACAGUUCGCUACGGUACACGAUGCAAUUAUUGUAUCCGACGGAGAGUUUACCGAUGAUAUCUCUCAACUUGUCUAUCAAGAGCACUGCAAAACAGUAUUCUUCGUUGCACCACCAUGGUCAUCAGCAGGUGUUGAAAAGAUACAUGCAGCAGCUAUUGCAAAAUGUGUGAGUACAACUGUACCAUACAUUGGCAUUGCUUCGGAUCGAUAUACACAGAUGAAUACUAUUAUUGAAGAGUUUAUUGGCAAACAUCUAAUAUUCGCUCAUUUACCAUCGUACAUCAUUAUCGGUACUUAUGUGGUUCCAUCCGUCCUUCUAGCUCCUACUCAAAUGAUAAAAGUACUACAGAAUUGUAUCAGUCAAGGUGAAGAUGUGUUGAAUACAUUCACCAAAAAGAUUCUUGGAUUGUUCCACUAUCUAGAAGAAACUGCUAAACUCAACUUUGAACGAUGUAUUCGAGGGGAAGAAUUUCGAAAUACAAUGUCAUUGAUAACGCCUCUAACCAAAACGGCCAUGUGUCAUUUGGAAACAAGCAAUGCCUGUCGACAGCUGUAUGGUUACUUAGUUAAAAUACUCGACUACUUUUCGGCUGAACAGAAGAAAUUAAUUGAUAGUCUAUCGAACAAUAACAAGGCAAAAGCCGAGCUGACAAAGUUGUGGCAAAGUGCCAUGAGUUUCAGUGAGCGGACACUGAUCAUUGAACAGAACGAAAAACAGUAUGGACAUUCGAUCGGUUAUUUGAAUGUACGAAUUGCAAGUUUGACAUGCAGCUGUGAAAUGUUAUCAGCAGCAUUAAUUCAACUCAAAACUGUCUAUUCACCGAAUGAUCUUGAUCUUUUAUCACUCAUUCUCGACAUACUAUCCAAUUCGAAAAUCAGUGAUCGUCCAACAGAACCCGCCGAUUCAAACAUCAUCGUUUGGCGAAAACCAGAUGGAACUGUCGAUCUUUUAUCUAUUCUACGUCUGCUCCCAUCGUGCCUUCGACAAUUACAACAUUCACUCGAUAUUCCACUCGAUAACGAUUGGACUUUACAACCAAUGACUGCAAUUCGACUCGCAUGGAUUAUGGACGUAACAGGUCGAUCAUAUCCUGACUUUAUAACACAAGCAUUACCGACCUUGGUUGUGCCAAACAAGUUUUUAACCGAUCUCGAUCAGGAUGAAAAUCGUUCGGCGUUUUGGAUCAAAAUCAUUCGUGAACUUGCUCCGAAAGUAGGCGUGUCAACAGAACAAGUAAAAUCAAGCAAUCAAAUACUUACCGUUCAUGUUCUCAAACGUUUUCUACUUCAACUAACAGAUAGCUCGAUUACUUACGACAAGCCAGUAUAUGAGAAUGCUUCAGCAUUUAUCGAUACAAACGAUCCAAUGGCAUGGUGUGUCUUUGUCGAUAACGAAGGAAAUCGACUGGAUGCUCGUACAGGAAAAGCUAUCUCUCGAUCAUUGAUGGUCACAGAACCGUCCCAGGUGGCAGCAUAUUACUCAGCCAAUUUAAGUAAACGCGGUGCUGUUGUUCGUCCGCGGUAUUUAACUCUACUCGAUAAUCCAAAAUUACCCGACGGUGCCAUUGAACUGUACGAUUCGUCUGCGCGAAAAGACGUCGACAUUUUACGUGAUCAAUUAAUGAUACUUGGCGGUAGCUCGUAUUCGGUCGAUCAAAUCAAUGCACACUUGUAUACACUUCGAGAUCGUCUCAAAUCUAUUCCGUUUGUAGUUCGAAGCGCAUUCGACACAAUCAAGCAGACAGUUGAAAUGGCAAAAGCCUCGUGUCAAGGAGCUUCGAUACCAAUGGAAAAAGUCAAAGUCAAUAUUCCUCGAUCAACUAUCAUCGAUUAUAUUGUGUCGCAUUGUGAAGAUCUGUUCGUCGCUGGUGCAUUACGUGCAUUUUGUGAUUAUGCACAUUUGACUGUCGAACCAUCGAUGUCUGGUGUUUCCGAACUUGAUUAUGCCAUCGAUUAUGGACAAAAAACAUUAGCACCGAUUGUAUCAGAAGCUGUACCAUUCGCUCAUUUGGAUAAACCUGGCGUUCAAGAAUAUGUUGAAAGACAGUGCAAACAAUUGGCACGGAUGUUGCGAACGGUCAUGCAGCCACCAGCAUUUCACAGUGUGUCAUCUCUAAUUAAACAAUCGCAAAAACUUGCAACUAAUCAGACUGAUUCCGGUAUGGCAGAUUUAGAAUCAUUGGCGGCAACAUCGAAUGGAGGAAAUGCUGUUUCUAAUCAAGCACCAGCAUCAUUAUCAUCAUCACGACUUGAACUUGACGAAAAUUUAUUCACUUGUCCGAUUACACUGGACAUCAUGGACAAUCCGGCAACAACAACACCAUGUGGUCACAUGUUCGAGAUGGAUGCAAUCAACGGAUAUUUGAUGCGAUCGAGCAAUGUAUGUCCGAUAUGCCGAGCGACAGUAACCAAUGUUACACCAAAUUAUACAUUCAAAAGUGUCAUCGAAGCAUGGCUCGCACAAAAAAAUGCCUGA